CCAACCUUCAAAAUUCAUCGCCAGUUCCUCUGCUCUUCUUCUUCAUCAUCUUUUGUAAAGCAAUUUUAAUAGUUGAUGGGUAUAGAAGUUUCGUACGCCGCAACUGCCGGCAAAUGGCUUGCCUUAGUGACGGCCGUUUGGGUCCAAGCCAUCUCCGGCAACAACUACACUUUCGCAAACUACUCAGACGCUCUCAAAACCCUGAUGAACCUCACCCAACUAGAGCUCAACAACUUAUCCGUCGCUAAAGACGUCGGAAAAGCUUUCGGUCUCCUCGCCGGCAUCUCCUUUGACCGAAUUCCUACCCCUGUCAUUCUUCUGAUCGGCUCCGUCGAAGGCCUGGUCGGUUACGGCGCGCAAUGGCUCGUCGUCAGUGAAAAAAUCAAACCCUUUGCUUACUGGCAGAUGUGUAUAUUUCUCUGCAUGGGAGGCAACAGUUCCACGUGGAUGAACACCGCGGUCCUCGUGACUUGUAUACGCAAUUUUAGGAGGAAUCGCGGCCCCGUUUCCGGUAUUCUAAAAGGUUAUGUGGGCCUAAGUACGGCGAUUUUUACCGACCUUUGUACGGCUCUUUUUAACGAUAACUCUUCUUCGUUUCUUCUCAUGCUCGCGAUUGUCCCGUUAGCUGUUUGUCUCAUCGCAGUCUUCUUCCUCCGCGAGACUCCCCCGGCUGCGACCGUGGGGGAGGAGGAAGAAGAGAACAAGUACUUCACUGUAUUCAACGUUGUAGCAGUUGUCGUUGCGCUUUAUUUACUGGGUUACGAUUUUAUCCCGAGUAUAAGCGAAGCUUUUUCGUUGGCUUUCUCGAUUAUUCUAAUCGUACUUUUAGCUUCUCCAUUAGCCAUCCCGGUUUACUCUUACAUAAAAAGCUGGAAAAUGAACCUGUCGAAAACGGAAUCAGACGUGGAAGAACAGGUGGUGGAGCCGUUAUUAGAGAACCAGCUGGAAAGUAACGCUGCGGAGGAUAAGAAGGAGGAAGAAGUGGUGGCCGAGUCAACGGUGACCGUGGUGGAAGUUAAGAGGAGACGGGUCUUAGGGGAGGAGCACACUAUAUUUGAGUCGUUGAAAACCGCUGAUUUUUGGAUCUUGUUCGUGUCGUUUCUGUGUGGCGUUGGGACGGGUUUGGCUGUGAUGAACAACAUGGGACAGAUUGGAUUAGCUCUUGGAUACGCUGACGUGUCAAUCUUUGUUUCCUUGAUGAGUAUUUGGGGAUUUUUCGGGCGGAUUAUUUCAGGCUCCGUAUCAGAGUACUUUAUUAAGAAAGCUGGAACACCAAGGCCUCUUUGGAAUGCAGCCUCUCAGAUCAUAAUGGCAGUUGGGUACAUGCUCAUGGCGUUAGCUGUGCCUGGUUGCCUGUACAUCGGCUCAAUUGUGGUGGGAAUAUGCUAUGGAGUCCGCUUAGCCAUCACAGUCCCUACUGCCUCUGAACUAUUUGGUCUUAAGUAUUAUGGACUCAUCUACAACAUACUCGUCCUCAAUCUCCCCCUCGGCUCCUUCCUCUUCUCCGGCCUGCUUGCCGGAUACCUCUACGAUACACAAGCUACCCCAACAGCAGGAGGCGGCAACACUUGUGUUGGAGCCCAUUGUUACAGGCUUGUGUUCAUCAUCAUGGCAAUAUCAUGCCUGGUUGGAUUUUGUUUGGACAUUGUACUUUCACUGAGAACCAAGAACAUCUAUGCCAAGAUUUACAGGAACAGGAUGGCGAAGAAACCCUUGUCAGAAUCUGGUAACCAGUGACAUUAAUGAGUUGCCAUUGACGGACCAGGAAAAAUAGGAUGAUGGGCUGUUGCUCAAUGAUAUCCCUAUUCGUCUUUUUUUAGUAUCAGAUAUUGUCCAUUCAUUUUAAGGACGCACGAGUUUUGCUGAUACUCUCAAAAUUACCAUUUGCUUAGCAGUUCACUAAUGUACUACUGUUUGAUUUGAUGAUCUGUUAUUAAUGAAGCCCGUGAAAUUUCUUA